GAAAAGCAAAAUGGGAGGUGAGACAGCGGUAUAGAAAGUGUCUAAAUAUCUCAGGAAAGCACCACCACAUGCGAUGCGACAAUUUCCCGAUCGAAUUGCCGAUGAGAUCAUUUUGCUCACCAGUGACGUCAAAUCCGUUGCCAAAGACACAGCCAGACGAGUUGGCAUCAUCUCCCCGGAGAGCGAAACUCUUGACGAACUCUCCCACCGAUUGAAUAUAUCGGUCGAUGAAAUUGAACCUGGAGUGGUCAAAGCGAUCGUGGUGACCGGGUUGAGGUUAACGGUGAUGGACGCCGAAGAACUGGACGAGCUCAUUCAAUCUUAUGAAGAAAUAGUGUUCGCCGAGAUAAAGCCCAAUCAGAAGGUGCUUAUUGUGGAAAGCUGCAAAAGGAUGAGGAUGGUCGUUGCUACGACAGGAACUGACAUCUUAGACUGCCCGGCAGUUGAGAAAGCCGACAUCGGCAUCGGUCUGGGACUGAGAAGUUGCGAUAUGUGCAACGAAGCUGCUGAUGCCAUUUUACUCAACAGCGACUUCGGCUCGUUCGUGUCUGGGAUUCAGGAAGGUCGGGUUGUGUUUGACAACAUUCAGAAGACAAUUUGUUACAACCUUGCAAGCAAUCUGCCCGAGUUCCUUCCAUUGAUGCUUGUUGUGACUUGCCAAAUUCCGUUACCUCUUGGAGCAACAUUCAUUCUUCUCAUUGACUUAUGCGUAAGCAUGCUACCGACUUUGUCUUUGAUCUAUGAAAAGCAAGAGAGUGACAUUAUGAGGCGGCGACCAAUAGAUCCAUACUCUGAUAGAAUGCUCGAUAACAGGAUUGUGAAUAAAUCUUUACUUCAAAUCGGGAUACCAGUGACGCUAGCUGGGCUUUAUGUCUAUUUUGUGGUGAUGGCUGAAAAUGGCUUCAUGCCAGAAGAUUUGCUGGGUAUCCGGAAUUCGUGGAAUUCUGAGGCCGUAAAUGAUCUUACUGACAGCUUCAACCAAGAAUGGACAUACACCUCUAGAAAAGCGUUAGAAUACACGUGUCAAACUGCGUUCUUCAUGACAAUAGUGCUGGCGCAACUUUUCGACCUCAUCAUGUGCAGAUCCUGGCGAGAUUCCUUACAGAAACGUGGGAUAUGCAACAGAGUAAUGAUCUUGAGCGUGCUGUUUGAAAUUUUCCUUGCGGUUAUACUUUGCUACGUCCCAGGAAUGUGGAGAAUUCUUCAUAUUUAUCCAUUAAAAUUUCUUUGGUGGCUCCCAGGUCUCCCCUUCAGUGUUUUAACCUUAGGAUACGAUGAGCUUCGUAAGUUCCUUAUCAGGCAUUCUGAAGAAAAUUCGUGGCUUGAAAGAGAAACAUAAGGUGAAACUCCAGUAAAUAAAAUCUCAAUGGUCCUUUUUCUACAAGCUCCUUGAACUUUUUAUGAAUUCAACUACGAUUAGAAAACAAAAAAUGUUAGUGAAAUUCAAAAUUACGUUUACA